CGCCGCGGGGCGAGGUCGCCGCCAUGGCCCGCUGGAUCCCGACCAAGAGGCAGAAGUACGGGGUCGCGAUCUAUAACUACAAUGCUUCUCAAGAUGUGGAGCUCUCCUUGCAGAUCGGCGACACGGUUCACAUCCUGGAGAUGUACGAGGGUUGGUACAGAGGAUAUACCCUCCAAAAUAAAUCUAAAAAGGGUAUUUUCCCUGAAACAUACAUCCAUUUGAAGGAGGCGACAGUGGAAGACCUAGGACAGCACGAGACCGUGAUUCCAGGCGAGCUGCCCCUGGUGCAGGAGCUCACGUCGACUCUGCGAGAAUGGGCUGUCAUCUGGCGGAAGCUCUACGUGAACAGCAAGGUCACCCUCUUCCGACAACUGCAGCAGAUGACAUACAUCCUGAUCGAGUGGCGGUCCCAGAUCCUGUCUGGGACGCUCCCCAAGGAUGAGCUGGCAGAGCUCAAGAAGAAGGUCACAGCCAAAAUUGAUCAUGGGAACAGGAUGCUUGGGUUAGAUCUGGUCGUGAGAGAUGACAACGGGAACAUUUUGGACCCGGACGAAACCAGCACCAUUGCCCUCUUCAAGGCCCAUGAAGUAGCUUCAAAAAGGAUUGAGGAAAAGAUUCAGGAAGAAAAGUCGAUGUUGCAGAACCUGGACCUGCGAGGCCAGACCAUCUUCAGCACCAUCCACACCUACGGCCUCUACGUGAACUUCAAGAACUUUGUCUGCAAUAUCGGGGAAGAUGCAGAGUUGCUCAUGGCCCUCUAUGACCCCGACCACUCCACUUUUAUCAGUGAGAACUAUCUGAUCCGCUGGGGCAGUAACGGGAUGCCCAAGGAAAUAGAGAAGCUUAACAACCUUCAGGCGGUGUUCACCGACCUCAGCAGCACCGACCUCAUCCGGCCCCGCAUCAGCCUCGUGUGCCAGAUCGUCCGCGUGGGCCACAUGGAGCUGAAGGAAGGCAAGAAGCACACCUGUGGCCUCCGCAGACCUUUCGGAGUAGCAGUGAUGGAUAUUACUGAUAUUGUACACGGGAAGGUGGAUGAUGAAGAAAAGCAGUAUUUUAUUCCCUUUCAGCAGAUCGCCAUGGAGACCUACAUCCGCCAGAGGCAGCUCAUCAUGUCACCCUUGAUAACAUCCCACGUGAUCGGGGAGAACGAGCCCCUGACUUCAGUCUUAAACAAAGUGAUAGCUGCGAAGGAAGUGAAUCACAAAGGCCAAGGUCUUUGGGUGUCCUUGAAGCUUUUGCCAGGGGACCUCACACAAGUUCAGAAGAAUUUUUCACACUUGGUUGACAGAUCAACAGCCAUAGCCCGGAAGAUGGGCUUUCCUGAAAUAAUACUGCCAGGAGAUGUUCGGAAUGAUAUUUAUGUCACCCUGAUCCACGGCGAGUUUGACAAAGGGAAAAAGAAGACACCGAAGAACGUGGAGGUGACGAUGUCAGUGCACGACGCGGAGGGCGAGGUGCUGGAGAAAGCAAUUCAUCCUGGUGCUGGCUACGAAGGCAUUUCGGAAUACAAGUCGGUGGUCUAUUACCAAGUCAAGCAGCCCUGCUGGUAUGAGACCGUCAAGGUGUCCAUUGCUAUAGAAGAGGUCACACGCUGCCACGUACGAUUUACCUUCCGACACAGGUCAUCUCAGGAAUCCAGAGACAAAUCAGAGCGAGCCUUCGGGGUGGCCUUUGUGAAGCUGAUGAACCCGGAUGGCACCACCUUGCAGGAUGGGAGGCACGACCUGGUGGUUUAUAAGGGCGACAACAAGAAAAUGGAAGAUGCUAAAUUCUACCUGACCUUGCCCGGGACCAAGGCUGAGAUGGAAGAAAAGGAGCUCCAGGCAUCCAAAAACCUGGCCGCCUUUACCCCCAGCAAGGACAGCACGAAAGACAGCUUCCAGAUCGCCACCCUCAUUUGCUCCACUAAGCUCACCCAGAACGGUAGGUGCGGUGACAACACAGGGGCAUUUUUGCAAGACACGCUGGAUGCCCUUUUUAACAUCAUGAUGGAAAUGUCAGACAGUGAGGCCUACGACUUCCUCGUGUUUGAUGCGUUGGUUUUUAUCAUUUCCCUGAUAGGGGACAUCAAGUUCCAGCAUUUUAAUCCUGUACUCGAGACCUACAUUUACAAGCACUUCAGCGCCACUCUGGCGUACGUGAAACUCUCCAAGGUACUGAACUUUUACGUGGCUAACGCAGAUGACUCCAGCAAGACGGAAUUGCUUUUUGCCGCUCUGAAAGCCUUGAAGUACUUGUUCAGAUUCAUCAUCCAGUCUCGAGUGCUCUACCUGAGAUUUUAUGGCCAAAGUGAAGAUGGAGAUGAGUUUAACAAUUCCAUCCGCCAGUUGUUUCUGGCUUUCAAUAUGCUCAUGGACAGGCCUCUGGAGGAAGCCAUCAAGAUCAAGGGGGCAGCUUUGAAGUAUCUUCCUAGCAUAAUUAAUGACGUCAAACUUGUGUUUGAUCCUGUUGAGCUCAGCGUGCUCUUCUGCAAGUUCAUCCAGAGCAUCCCUGACAACCAGCUAGUGCGGCAGAAGCUGAACUGCAUGGCCAAGAUCGUGGAGAGCAGUCUUUUUCAGCAGUCGGAGUGCAGAGAUGUGCUGCUGCCGCUGCUAACAGACCAGCUCAGCGGCCAGCUGGACGACAACUCCAGCAGGCCUGACCACGAGGCGAGCUCGCAGCUGCUCAGCGGCAUCCUGGAGGUGCUGGACAGGAAGGAUGUGGGCCCCACGGAGAUGCACAUCCAGCUGAUAAUGGAACGGCUGCUGAGAAGGCUCAACCGGACGGUGAUCGGGAUGAACCGACAGUCUCCCCACAUCGGCAGCUUUGUGGCUUGCAUGAUUGCCAUCCUACGGCAGAUGGAGGACAGUCACUACAGCCACUACAUCAGCACUUUCAAAACCCAACAGGACAUCAUUGACUUCCUCAUGGAAACUUUUAUCAUGUUUAAGGAUCUGAUUGGAAAGCACGUCUAUGCCAAAGAUUGGAUGGUCAUGAACAUGACCCAGAGCAGAGUCUUUCUCCGGGCUAUAAACCAGUUUGCUGAAGUUCUCACAAAACGCUUCAUGGACCAGGCAAGCUUUGAACUUCAGCUCUGGAACAAUUACUUCCAUUUGGCAGUAGCAUUUCUCACCCACGAAUCUCUUCAGCUUGAAACCUUCUCAGAAGCCAAGCGCAACAAAAUUGUAAAAAAAUACGGGGACAUGAGAAAAGACAUUGGCUUUAGGAUCCGGGACAUGUGGUAUAACCUGGGUCCCCACAAAAUCAAAUUCAUCCCCUCCAUGGUGGGCCCCAUCCUGGAAGUCACUCUGACCCCUGAAGUUGAGCUCCAGAAAGCCACAAUCCCCAUUUUCUUUGAUAUGAUGCAGUGUGAGUUCAAUUUCAGUGGAAAUGGAAAUUUCCAUAUGUUUGAGAAUGAGCUGAUCACGAAGCUGGACCAGGAGGUGGAAGGGGGCAGAGGAGAUGAACAGUACAAGGUUCUGCUGGAGAAACUGCUCUUGGAACACUGCCGGAAACAUAAAUACCUGUCCAGCUCUGGGGAAGUGUUUGCGUUACUGGUCAGCAGCCUCUUAGAGCAUCUGCUGGACUACAGGACCAUCAUCAUGCAUGACGAGAGCAAGGAGAACCGUAUGAGCUGUACGGUUAACGUGCUGAAUUUCUAUAAAGAAAAGAAGAGAGAGGACAUAUAUAUAAGGUAUUUGUACAAGCUUCGAGAUUUGCACUGCGAGUGUGAGAACUACACGGAAGCUGCCUGCACACUUCUCUUGCACGCUGAGCUUCUGCAGUGGUCCGACAAGCCCUGUGUGCCCCAUUUGCUUCAGAGGGACAGUUACUACGUUUAUACCCAGCAAGAGCUUAAAGAGAAGCUGUAUCAAGAAAUUAUAUCCUAUUUUGACAAAGGCAAAAUGUGGGAGAAAGCUAUCAAACUGAGCAAAGAGUUGGCUGAGACGUAUGAGAGCAAAGUGUUUGACUACGAGGGACUUGGCAACCUUCUGAAAAAAAGAGCCUCGUUUUAUGAGAACAUCAUUAAGGCGAUGAGGCCUCAGCCUGAAUACUUUGCUGUUGGUUACUACGGACAGAGCUUUCCUGCUUUCCUUCGGAAUAAAAUCUUUAUCUACCGGGGCAAGGAGUAUGAGAGGCGAGAGGACUUCAGCCUGAGGCUGCUGACGCAGUUCCCCAAUGCGGAGAAGAUGACCAGCACCACGCCCCCGGGAGAAGACAUCAAAUCCUCCCCAAAGCAAUAUAUGCAGUGCUUCACCGUGAAGCCCGUGAUGAACCUGCCGCCCAGCUACAAGGAUAAACCAGUCCCGGAGCAGAUCUUAAACUACUACAGGGCCAACGAGGUGCAGCAGUUCAGAUAUUCCCGGCCGUUCCGGAAAGGAGAAAAGGACCCAGACAAUGAAUUUGCUACCAUGUGGAUUGAACGGACCACAUAUACCACAGCGUACACCUUUCCCGGGAUCCUCAAGUGGUUCGAAGUGAAACAGAUAUCGACAGAGGAGGUCAGCCCUUUGGAGAAUGCCAUCGAAACCAUGGAGCUGACCAAUGAGAAGAUCAGCAACUGUGUGCAGCAGCAUGCCUGGGACCGCUCGCUCUCCCUGCACCCCCUGUCCAUGCUGCUCAGCGGCAUCGUGGACCCUGCUGUCAUGGGCGGCUUCUCCAACUACGAGAAGGCUUUCUUCACAGAGAAGUACUUGCAGGAGCACCCUGAGGACCAGGAGAAGGUGGAGCUGCUGAAGCGACUCAUAGCAUUACAGAUGCCUCUGCUGACGGAGGGGAUCCGCAUCCACGGUGAGAAGCUGACGGAGCAGCUCAAGCCCCUGCACGACCGGUUGUCCUCCUGCUUCCGGGAGCUCAAGGAGAAAGUGGAGAAGCUCUACGGGGUUAUAACGCUGCCCCCCAGCUUGACAGAGAGGAAGCAGAGCCGCACGGGGUCGAUGGUGCUCCCUUACAUCAUGUCCUCCACCCUGCGGAGGCUGUCCAUCACCUCCAUGGCGUCCUCGGUGGUUUCCACCUCCUCCACGUCAUCUGACAAUGCCCCUUCCAGGCCAGGAUCUGAUGGGUCGAUCCUGGAGCCACUUUUAGAGCGCAGGGCCUCGUCUGGUGCCAGAGUUGAAGAUCUGCCGCUCAGAGAGGACGGUGAGAACCGCAUCAGCAAGUUCAAGAGAAAAGACUGGAGUCUGAGCAAGUCCCAGGUCAUUGCAGAGAAAGCUCCAGAACCUGAUCUCAUGAGCCCCACCAGAAAAGCGCAAAGACCAAAGAGUCUCCAGCUGAUGGACAAUCGGCUCACGCCAUUUCACGGUUCUUCACCUCCUCAGUUAACACCCUUGAGCCCACCUCCACUCACUCCUAAGGCUACCAGGACCCUAAGCUCCCCAUCUUUGCAGGUGGACGGCCUGGUGACUACUCCUGUCCCACCCCCGCCACCCCCCAAGAGCAAGCCCUAUGAGAGCAGCCCAUGGACCUCCACUGAGAUCGCCCCCCCUCUGCCUGUCCGAAGAGAAGCCAAAGUCCCACCCCCGCCACCUCCAAAAACUCGAAAGUCCAGCAUCCUUUCUUCUGAGCCUGGAUCCCAGUGAGGAUCUCGCUCUCUGUCUGAAACUCCGAGUGCCUUGGACACCUGCUGCCUGAGAAAUUUCCUCAUUGCACUGGGCUCCCUGCUGACUGCGUUGCCUGCUCUAGGACGGUUUUAUUCUUCCAGAAGCUUCCUUUGGUCGAUAUUUGAGGCCACAUCCCCUCCAGUCUACAGGGAGCUCCAGAAUUGGCCACGUCCUGUGCGUUUUUGAAAGGAGAGAU